AUGAACCUGCGAGCCGUGACCCUCGGGCCCUCGACCGCGACCCUCGAGCUCUCGAUCCUCGAGCCGUCGACCUCGAGGUUUCUAGACUUGAGUGUUAUUUUAGAAACUGGAAGAUCUUGCAAAACCGAAAAACCUGCCAUACUUGAUGAUGCUAUUAGAGUGUUGACCCAACUCAAAUCUGAGUCUCUAAAGCUCAAGGAAACAAAUGAGAAGCUGCUCGAAGAAAUAAAAUGUCUGAAGGUGGAAAAGAAUGAGCUUCGAGAAGAGAAACUGACGCUAAAGACUGACAAAGAAAGAAUGGAACAUCAGUUGAAGACCAUGAGCAUCCCACCUGCUGGGUUCAUGCCUACUCAUCCGACAGCUUAUCAUCAUCCACUAGUAAACAAGAUGGUUGUAUAUCCAAGCUAUGGCUUAAUCCCGAUGUGGCAGUACAUGCCUCCAUCUGCCCGUGAUACAUCUUCUGACCAUGAGUUGAGGCCACCUGCUGCUUAGUGAAACUUUUUCAUCUUUGCGGAUAAUUUCAAUUCUUCUUUUUGGGUUGUCUUUAGUUCUUCCAUUAGGGAAAAAGAGAAGUGGUGCUUAAAUUUGCUGUGCAAUAAUCUUGCAAUCUUCUCUUCCAUCAAGGUGUAUAUAUAUU